GUAAAUGUUUCAGUAAGAAAAAAUUAAAGAUAAAAAAGUUUCGUCGUUGCUUUAGUAUCCGUCCCACUGAUAUCGUACCGAGUUCGUACUCAGGAUCUAUGACUAGAGCCAGUGACAACGCUAGCUGAUCAGUAUUGCACCGUGCGCACUACAGUGAGGACGCAGAGAAGAGUUCGGGCUUUUUUACUGCGGACAAAAUUCAUAUGUGCAAUAUCGAGUUUAAUGGUUCGAAUUCUGCGUUCGUGGUCCAAUGUGCGAUCUUCCCAAAUAUUUCAAAAAAGAAAAGGAAGAUGAAGACAAAAUAGACAAACGCUAUUUAAAGAGCAAAGUAAGAAAAAAGCGGCUUGCGUUGUCUGCAAAACGAUUAUCGAAAACUAAAAAGAGUCGAGAAAACCGAAAAAAAGCAGCGGCCCUCGGGGCAAGUCAAAGCACCGCAGCGGAACCAGGUACUUCUUCAGGUACUCCGUAUAAAGUUUUUAUAAAGACAGAACAUGAAAUUAUUGAUAAAUUUAUAGAAGAAGCAGAUGUAGCAAAAAACGGCGAAGUAUUAGAAGAAAAACAUUUAAAUGCAGAGAAGAAAACAAUAACAUCAGUAACGGAAGGCAAUAACCUGAAAAUUAGCGGCGAAAUAUCUUCCGUAACGGACAUCGUCAAAAAAACUGAAGAAGAUGCCGAAAAUUCUAUGGAUGACGACUGUAACUGGAUGGUAGAGCAAGCCGAACCAGGACAGUCGGAAAAUCCAAUUUCUGAAGGAAUAGACUUCGCCGAUUUUGCAUAUGUUUUCGAGCAAAUAAAAAAUUUGCAAAAACAUUCGUCUAUUGGCUGCGGCAUUGAACAUUUUAACAUAGUUGGAUGUCAACAGUACGGAUUGGAAAAAACGUACAAUGUUCGAUGCCGAAUAUGCAAUCACGUGGAGCGCAUAUCCUGCCUUCGGCCGAGCGAUGCCAGUAUAGACAUCAACAACGCCGCUGUUUCCGCAACAAUGGUGACGGGCGGCGGGUAUAAUCAACUUGAAGAGGUAAUGUCUGCCAUGAACGUGUCCUGCAUGACGAAAAGGAUCUUUCAGAAAUGUCACAAUGACAUAAUCGAUGCGUUCGAAGUGGCCGCACAACGUGAAAUGGAAGAUGCAGGAAGAGAGGAGAAAGAAUCAGCCAUAACAAGAGGCGACGUAGUUCCAGAAUCUGGUAUACCGUGGAUGUCGGUUGUCGCAGACGGCAGCUAGAUGAGAAGGUCAUACCGCAGAGGAGAUUACAAUUCUCUUUCUGGCG